AUGUCGUCUACCACCACGGUCACUAAAGCUGCUUCUGUGCCCAUCAAGACCGGCGGGUCGGCGCUCAACUCAGAAAACAGGGACGGGCAGGUUAAGAGGAUCCACCACAUCCCGCGCCCCGAGUCGAAGGAGGCCCAGCGGAGAUGGCAGCUUGAACAGAUGGCGGGUGCCUUCCGAAUCUUCGCCAAGCUGGGCUUUGCGGAUGGUGCCAGCGGACACAUCAGCCUGAGAGACCCCGUCGAUCCGGAAACGUUUUGGAUUAACCCGUAUGGCGUGCAUUUUGCCCUUCUCAAGGUGUCUGACAUGGUCCAAGUCGAUGCCGAUGGAAACCGUAUCGGUGGCGCUGACAAGCCCGUAAACACUGCCGGCUUCAUCAUCCACAGCGCUAUUCAUGCCAGACGGCCAGAUGUCCACGCUGCCUGUCACAUGCACAGUCCAUACGGCAGGGCAUGGUCUACAUUCGGUCGGCCUAUCGACAUGCUCAAUCAGGACAGCUGUAUGUUCUACGAAGACCUGUCCGUGUAUGCCAACUUCGGUGGUGUAGUCUUUGCGAAAGAGGAAGGUGGCAGACUCGCCGACUGCUUAGGGCCACGUAAUAAAAACAUCAUCCUGCAGAACCACGGCCUGCUAACCUGCGGCUCAACGAUCGCUGAGGCUGCUGCGUUCUUCAUUGCUUUAGAGCGAGCAUGUCACGCCCAGCUGUUGGUCGAGGGAUCUGUUGCUCCCGGAACAAAUGGCGCGGUAACUGGCCUACAGAAAACGAUAGUAAGUGCCGACGAGGCCGCGUAUACCAAGAAGGGAACAGGCACUCCUGAGAUCAUGUAUAUGCAAUUCAUGCCGGAGUACGAUUUGAUGAUAAAAGAGACAAAUGGUGACUUUCUUCUAUAA